AUGUCUUUGUCUUUGAAGGCAGCUGCUGGUUCUGCCUCAGUUCCAUCUGCUUCUGCUGCAGCGUCAGCGCCAGCAGCAGCAGCAGCAGCAGCAGAAGCGGGAGCAGCAGCAGCAGCAGGAGCAGCAAAGAGCUUCGCCUCUUUUGCUGCGCGGCUGCAUGCAGGGGCCCGCAGCAGCAGCGAUCUUCUCCACUCCCUUGCUGGUUUCAUUCCUGCUGCUGCUGCUGCUGAUGGCGCAGCAACAGCAGCAGCAGCUGCUGCUGCUGCUGCACAAGACGGGCAUGGAAAGGAAGCGGCAGCAGCAGCUGCUGACGCAGCAGCAGCAAGAGCAGAAGAGCAGCAGCUGCUGCAGAAGCUGCAGCAGCUGCGGCUGCAGCAGCAGCAGCAGCGAGAGGAGGACUUAGACGACCUGGACGGGCCCGUGCUGCUGCGGCAGCUGCAGCAGCGGGAGUCCGAAGUGCUGCUGCUGCUGCAGCGAAACCGGCAGCUGGAAGCAGCAGCAGCGCAGCAGGAGCAGCAGCUGCAGCAGCUGCGGCAGCGGCAGCAGCAGGAACACAGUCUGCUGCUGGACGUGCUGCAGCGCUUCGGCGUGGUGGACGCGAGCCUCGCAGUUGCUGCUGCUGCUGCUGCUUCUGCUGCGGACCCCUCCAGCAGCAGCAGCAGCAGCAGCAGCAGCAGCAGCAGCAGCAAAAUGAUAGAUGUCUUUGUGUGCGCGCAGCGCCUCUCUGCCCAUUUGCUGCGGCUCGAAACAGACAGAGGAGCUCUUGCUUCUUUUUGUUUGCUGCUGUUUCCCCGAGAGAUGUCUUUGCAGCUGGUAGCUGCUGCUGCUGCUGCUGCUGCUGCGGGGGACGCAGCAGCAGCAGCAGCAGCUGCUGCUGCUGCUCGCGCUGCGCCGCUGCUCUCUGCUGAUUUGCUGCACCGCAAAUGGCUCGAGUUAGAAGAAGAGAAGCAGCUGGGGUCCUGCAGCACCCGAGAGGAGCAGCAGCAGCAGCAGCAGCUGCUGCUGCAGCAGCAGCAGCAGCAGCGGGAGCAAGAGCAGCAGCAGCAGCAGCAGCAGCAGCAGCAGCGCCUUCUCGAGCUCGAGCAGCAGGUGGCCUCACUCACCAGGGAAAAGGCGGCUUUGCUGCUGCAGCUGCUGCAGCAGCGCAAGGCUGUUGCUGCAGCCACAGCAGCAGCAGCAGCAGCAGCAGACGCCUGCAGCAGCGAAGCCUCAGCCGGCUGCAGCAGGUGCCGCGCGCUGCAGCAGCAGCAAGCAGCAGCAACGGCCGAUGCGCAGCAGCAGCAAGAUGGGGCUCCCAACAUGCAAGGCGAAGGUGGCUGCACCUCGGAGGAAAGCAGCAGCAGCAGCAGCAGCAGCAGCAGCAGAAGCAGCAGCAGUGACAGCAGCAGUAGCAGUGAGCGAGGCGCUGCUGCUGCUGCUGCUGCUGCUGCUGCUGCUGCUGCUAGCGAAGGAAUGACUCAAGAGCAGCAGCAGCUGAUGCAGCAGCAGCUCGAGAAGCUGCAGCAAGAGGCGCAGCAGCAAAAGGAGCGAGCUGACGGGCUGCAGGAGGAAGUCAGCAUAAUGCAGCAGCAGCAGCAGCUGCUGCUGCAGCAGCAGCAGCUGCUGCAGCAGCAGCAGCAAGACUUGGAAAGACACCGAGAGCAAGCCCGCACGCUUCUUCUUAGCAAGGAGGCCGCCCUUAAUAGGCUGCGGCAGCGGCUGCAGCAGCAGCAGCAGCAGCAGCAGCAGCAGCAGCAGCAGCAGCAGCGGGACGCAGCAGCCGAGCUGCCUCAGCAGCAAGCGCUGCUUGAGAAGCAGCGGCAGCUCGAGGCUGUACAGCAGCAGCGCGACAUGCUGCAGCAGCAGCAAGAAGAACAGCAGCAGCUGCUGCUGCAGCUGCAGCAAGAAGUUGCGAGGCUGAGGCAGCAGCAGCAGGAACUGAAGCCCCUAAAUAGCAGCAGCAGCAGCAGCAGCAGCAACAGCAGCAACAGCAGCAGCAGCAGCAGCAACGCUCUACCCCCACCCCCGCCCCCCACUGCGCCCCCCACUGCGCCGCCGCAAACGCCCAACGGCAGCAGCAGCAGCAGCAGCAGCAUCAGCAGCAGCAGCAGCAGCAGCAGCAGCAGCAGCAGCAGCAGCAUGGCUUUGAAUGUAGAGUAUCUGAAGCAUGUGCUGCUGAAGUUUCUGCAGUUUAAACAAAAAGGAGAUGCAGCAGCGCAGCAGCUGCUGCCGGUCAUCGCUCGGCUGCUGCAGCUCAGCAGCGAGGAGCAGCAGCAGCUGCUGCAGCAAGACAGCCACGCCUGGGCGGCCUGCGGACGCCCCAUAGUUCAGCGGCAGCCGCAGCAGCAGCAGCAGCAACAGCAGCUGGAGCAGCUACAGCUGGAGCUGCUACUGCCGCUGCUGCAGCAGCAGCUGCUGCAGCAGCAGCUCCUGCUGCAGCAGCUGCUGCAGCAGCAGCUAGGAACUAGCUGUGCCUUUGCGCCUGAAGCCCGGUGGGGCCAUCAGGCAGCAGCUAAUUUUAAAACUGAAGCAAUGAAAGCAGCAACAAAAGGAACACGCCGCUGCAGCAGCAGCAGCAACGACGAGCAGCAGCAGCAGCAGCAGCAGCAGCAGCAGCAGCAGCAGCAGCAGCAGGGCACCCGCCGGCCCAGCAUGCAGCGGCCGAAGGCCUCUAAAAGGCGAACUAACGUCUGA